AUGGCAAUCCUUAAAAUAAGCAAAAAACACCACAAACGUUUCAACAACCCUUUCCCUUCAUCUCCAACCACCAUCCCUAACGUUCAAGGCUCUCUAUUCAUCAAUUCCAAAUCUCUCUGUUCACAAGAUCAAACCUUUUCAAUUGGCAAUGAUUUUCACCUCUCUUGGUCAAUCAUCAAUGGCGGGCAUAUCUCAAUUUCACAUCUUUCUCAGAAAAACAGACCAAUCUGGUCUACAAUCUCAGGCAAGGCUUUUGUUUCAGCUGCUGUGGUUGACACUGAGAUUGAAGAAAGUAGAGGGUCAUUUCUUGUUAAAGACAAAGAUGUUCAUUUGAUCUGUAAUCACCAAACCAUUGAUGAGAUUAGAAUGAUCGAUCAAUAUGAAGUUUCAGUUGCGGAUUUUACUUUAACAGAAGAGAUCAAGUUUCCUAGUUUGUUGAUCACAGGGAGACUUUUCAAUAUGAGUAAGAAGAACAAAAGGUUUGAAAAAUAUGGAAUUGAAGGGAAUAUACAGUUUGAAUCAAAAGGGCCAUUUGUGUAUGCGAGGUAUUGGGUUUUGUUUGAUCAGAGAAACAAGCAUGAAGUUGGAUUUCAAGUGAAGAUUGAGAAACUGAAUUUCGGUUCGAGUGAUAAGGUUUCUCCAGAAGGUUCUGGAGUUUACAAGGGUUUCAAGAAGAGGUUGAGUAGCAGGAAAAAGAGGUUAGGUUGGUUUUGGUACCUUUCGAGGCCAAGAGGGUUUGUUUUGGUUUCAUCAGUGGAGGAUGAAAGUGGAGAAAUGGAAAUAUCGAAACCGAAAGAAUUCAAUAGGAUUUGGUUGAGUUAUGCUAGUGAUGAAAAUGAGAGGUUUUAUGGUUUUGGAGAACAGUUUUCUCAUAUGAAUUUCAAGGGUAAAAGAGUACCUAUCUUAGUUCAAGAACAAGGUAUUGGAAGAGGUGAUCAACCUAUCACUUGUGCUGCUAACUUGGUCAGUUACAGGGCAGGAGGUGAUUGGAGUACAACAUAUGCUCCUUCUCCAUUCUACAUGACUUCAAAAAUGAGGUCUCUUUACCUUGAAGGAUAUGAUUAUACCAUCUUUGAUCUUACUAAACUCGACAGAGUACAGAUACAGAUAUAUGGAAACUCGGUUGAAGGGCGGAUAUUGCAUGGGAACACACCUUGUGAGCUGAUUGAACGUUUCACAGAAACCAUUGGACGGCUACCAGAGCUUCCAGAGUGGAUCAUAUCGGGUGCUGUAGUUGGAAUGCAGGGCGGCACUGAUUCUGUACGUCGUAUAUGGGAUGAAUUAAGAACUUAUGACGUUCCUGUCUCGGCAUUUUGGUUACAGGAUUGGGUAGGACAGAGAGAAACCAUGAUUGGCUCGCAACUUUGGUGGAAUUGGGAAGUAGAUGAACAGAGAUAUUGGGGUUGGAAGGAACUUAUCAAAGAUCUUAGCACUCAAAACAUAAAAGUUAUGACUUAUUGCAAUCCCUGUCUCGCUCCGGUUGAAGAGAAGGAUAACAAAAAGAGAAACCUUUUCGAGGAGGCAAAACAGUUGGACAUAUUGGUGAAAGACGAUUUUACUUGA